UUGCUAUGCUUCGAUGGAGCCAUUUCUUCAGUUCUGUUCUGUUGUGUCAUCGUGACAGACGUGGAAAAUGCAUUUCUGAGCUUGAUUAAAAUUUAUUUUCAACGAUGGAGCUACCAGUAAUUGGCCGCACUGAACGAUACAUCCAACGUCAGGGUCUGAAAUCCGAAUCCCACAUUGUGACAACCGAGGACGGCUACCGGCUGACGCUAUUCCGUCUGUUACCGAAUGGCAAAAGUCGAGGAGUAGCCAUUCUGCAGCAUGGCCUCCGCCAAUCGUCAGCCAGUUGGUUAUUACUGGAGCAGAACCUCCCGUUGCAGCUACUCGACCAAGGUCUGGAAGUCUGGCUCGCUAACUCCCGAGCAUCGAAGGAAAUUUCCACUCAUGUCAAUGAAAACAUAUCUGUCGCCGAAUUCUGGAACUUCAGUUUCCACGAAAUCGGCUACUACGACCUGGCUGCCACCGUGGACUUCAUCCUGCCAACAUCAGGCUUCGAGCGAGUGCAGCUGAUCGGCUUCUCCGAAGGAGCUGCUGCCAUCCUCAUCCUCCUAUCCAAACGACCCCACUACAAUGACCGAAUCUCGUCGCUCUGCCUCGUAGCACCGGCCGUCAUCCUGCCCAGAAGCUCAUUUACCGUUCUGGCAGCGCUCUACGUCACGUUCAAACCGAUUCUGCCGUGGAGCUUGCAGUGGUUCGUCACCGGCAGUAACAAACACUACGGGAACUCCCCGAAAGAGUUGAAGCACCUGCAGCACCUGAUGCUGAGCGGACGAUUCGUGGAGUACAACUACGGGUCCAAGAAAAAUCGGCGGCAGUACGGCUCGUCGAAACCGCCCGAGUACCCGCUGGAAAAGCUGACGUGUCCGGUGGUGCUGCACUAUGGCAGUGCGGACCGGAUUGUGCAUCCACGCGAUGUGAAGAAACUUGCCGCCCUGAUGGUCAACAGUGAACAGGUGGAUAUAAUUCGUCACAAGAAGACAAAGCAUCUGGAUUUCGUGACGAGGGAAAAAGUGACCACCGAUGUGUACCCGUUGAUCGUGGAAAGUGUUGUUAAGCGAUUGUAGAACAAGGAAUUCUGAAUAAAGGGGUUGGGAAGGGGACAGAGCAAGUGGGGGUUGAGUGUAGUUUAAUUAACGAAAUCUGGCUUGAUUUUAAAAAGCUUGUUUAUAUGAAAAAGAACAGUGUGUGAAGUUCAUGAUAGUGAAUAUUGCGUGCUGGUUGGCUGUGUAUAUAUAAAAGUAAUGAGAAAAUAAAUCAACCGAAAGAUGUUCAUUUUGCAAUAAAAACUGCAUUAAAUGGUUGAAUUUGGAUGACUCAUCCAUAAACAAGACCAUCAAGCGGAUUUUCAGUGUAGAGGUUGCCACGCCUACCUACCGUAGAGGUAAAGAUUCAAAGGCUCGAUUCUUCGCUAAUUUGGUUGAG